UCAAAGAAAUCGAAGUAGUCAAAAAUGGAUUGUUCAAAGUAUCUUGCAUCGAUGUAUCGUACUUCUGCAUCGCUUCCCCGUGAAGCCGUUGCAGUCUCUCGUUCCUUUUUUUUCUCGGCAGGGGAUGGUGGCUGAGUGAUGUAAGUAACGUUAAGGCCGUCAGCUCCGGCCAAACUUGCUCCUCUUCACUUUCUCCCAAGUCGCCAAAGGCAGAGUCAUUCUUCAACAGACCUAGUAUUGCCUAGGCAGACGUAUCAACACCAUCACCUUCCUGCCUCCUUUCGCAGACCGACCACUGCUCGGCCAGACCUUUGCAUUCAGCCCAAGAAAGCCACCGCCAACCGAUAAGCAAAAGCCUUGCUCCAGGGACGCCCGGCACCCCUACUCGACGGUAGCCAUCGCCUUUCUCUUUUGGGAUCGGGCACUAUGUUUGACGAGGGUAACUAUUCGAGUGAGCCUGAGGAGGUCUUUCUUGGGAGCUCAUCUGCCAGCGAUAUCAUAUCUAGUGACUCUUCCCAAGGCCGCCGCCGUUCAGCUCAGUCUCGCCGACUAGGGAGUCAACUCUCUGAGCGACGAGUUACCCCAUCUGACACCGGCCGAACGUCAUACUCCUGGAGCUCUUUCGCGAGUAGACUAUCAACAUGUUCGACAGGCAGCGUGCUAUUGUCACAUCCAUCCACUGCAUCGUUCUUGGGCGUGACGCCUUACUUCUCAGCCCCUCGCAAGGCAAGAGAAUCUAGUUCUUGGGCAUCAUCAUCAAGUCAUUUCGAUCCGAUCCUGGAAAAUCUUGCCCUGGGAACACCGCCAGCUUCAGCCGCUGCAUCGCCUCCUCGCCAUAUCUCAAGGCCGAGUAGUCUCUCCUCCAGCGAGGCAGAUGAGUCUCAGGAGAGCGACUCAAGUGCGGAGCCGAAUGGCGUAGAUGCGGCUGGGGCGUUGGGAACCCCUCCAACUAGUGACGCAACUUCAGAUGCAGCGGCAGAUGAGGUCUUUGUUACGGACCAGGAUUUCGAAGACCAGAUCGUUGUGAUACCGAUUGUGGAGGCACUGUAUGGGCUGCUGACAUCAGGACCAGAUGAACAUUAUGUCGAAUCGGUCUCCAAUGACGAAGACGAGAUUGACGCCCGGGAAGACAUCCUGAACGGGGGGAUCGGACAACUCCGCGAAUAUGCCAAUCUGCAGACUCGAGGGAGCGAAGAGCCAUGGACACCAGGAACACAGGAGGUAGAACUCAGCUGGGGCAGUAGUAUUGUCGCGCCGUCUGCGGGUCGAGUGUACAAUCUCUAUCACUCGAAGACGGGUGUGUACAAAGCGAGACACGACAGCAAGGUUCAUAAGAAGAAAAAGAAAGCAAUACUAGCGAACCGGGAUUCAGAAGAUAUUGAUGGACUGGUUUCAGGAACCAGUUCUUCUGAGGAUAGAUCCGAUUCGCGAAGUAGACGGACAUCGGACCACUACGAAAUCAGUGUGGAAUGUUCUCAGAUCUGCCGUGGAUUGGGCUGCUCUCAGUUCUCACCUGAGACAUUGACCUCUCUGUUCUACCCACAGCCUUUCUUCUCCCAUCUCACUAUCAACUCCCUCGAUAUUUUCCAACGCGAACUCAUAGCUCCGAAUAGUCUCAAUCAACUUGCCGAGUAUGCCAUCGAUUUAUCACUUGGGUUCGGACCGCCGAUACCUUACCAAGUCUGUGCCUUUAUACCCAACAAGAAGGAGGCCUUGCGGAGUUUCCAAAAGUUCAAAGAUGACGAGCCACUUCACAUGCAAGAGUCGCUACCAAUAGUCGUCAAUCUUUUCGAGGCCGAGUCACAUGCUGGAGACAUCGAUGCGUGGCUUGAGACACUUAUCGACUCGGAGUCUGGGCUCAGGGAGUAUGUGGAACUCGUGGAACGCAAGAAGAAGGGCGAUCCUGCUGUGAAGAUUUUGAGAUGUAUAGUUCAGUGGUACCAAGCAUCUAAGAACGAUAUUUCCGAAGGAGAACAUCGCACCUCUCGAGCCACACUCAAACUUCUGAUGACCACAACCCUUUUGACAAAUGUUCCAAGAGUCCAAAGCAUCCCCGAACCUCUCCGCCAGCUCAUCCAUCCACAACCUGUGUCCGUCGAGAAUCCCCACAUUUCUCCUCUUGGUCCAAAGCUUCUUACGCGGCAGAUCAAGGCCAGCAUUCACUACCUCCAGCACGAAUUAUUACAUGCGAUUUUCUGUUACUUGGAAUGUAACUUGAACCUCACAGCGGAAGUGAAGGUAGCCAUCGCGCUUCUAGUCGCAAUCGUGCUAGAGCUGGCCCAGAGCGCAAGCCGACAAUUCGCCAAGUUCGCGAGCAAGAUCAAUCAAAAGGUUGUGGUGGACGACCGAGACGUCACAAGAUACGAGACAGAUAUGCGCACGCAGGUAUUCAACAGAGUUCGAGCGAGUAUCUGCGGCAUAGCGAGCGAGAUUGGAUACCUAGGGGAGAUGCUGAAAGGCCUGGGAUCGCUUGUCGUAGGCAACGGCAAGGAGAAGGAGAACUUCGUUUCUGUCAUUUUGAACGAUGUGUUGUAGAGAUGUAAUUGCAUGCAUGAGGCAUUUUUUCCCAUGGCGUUCUUAGAUCUCGUAGGGCUGAAAGCCUGUCAUCAAAUCUGCAUAGGCCAAAAUGGAUUUGGAAAAUAAGGCGCCAGGCCUCACACAGGAUAAUCAGCUGGUUUUACAAUUAUUCUCAGGAUGAAAUUUUGAAUCUUCUGUUUGUGUUCACCUCAUUCGUAAAAUAAAUCCAAUCGCUUGACUUCCUC